AAUGUACACCUGUCACCACACCUUCAGACUGCCACUGAUUUGUCUAUCGAUGGUAACACCUAUAUGUCGGCGACAAGAAACAUGUCUGCCUUCCCUACAGAAAGGGAAUCACUUUAUGAAGAACGCCGGCUAGUUAUCACAGAGGGAUGCACAAAAGUUAACAAAACAAUUCAAAAUCAGUCUGAUUUAUAUAAACAUAAGCUAUUGAUAGACAAGAAACAUUUGAUUUAUUACUGCCCAAUUGCUAAGGUCAGUUCAACAUUCUGGAAAAGAAUUUUAACAGUAAUAACCAGUCAGGGAAAACUUAACUCUCCCUUCGAAAUUACUUUACAAGGAGUAAAACUGUCAAAAAUAGAAGAACUUUCAACACAGGAAGUGAGAGGAUUGAAAGAGAGUGGGGAUUCAUUUAUGUUUGUAAGGGAUCCGUAUGCACGGUUAUUUUCCGGCUACGAGAACAAACUCUAUAAUGCUAAUUUAUACUUCUGGAAACAGAUCGGAAGCCAUGUUGUUCAUAUUGUAAGAAAAACUCAUGAUAUUGUUUAUACAAAGUAUGGAUUUGACGUAACAUUUCAAGAAUUUAUUAAAUACAUACUUUAUUUAAGUGAAUCGGGAAGAAAUAUAAAUGGUCAUUUUUCACCCAUGUCGAACAGAUGUGACCCGUGCUCCACACAUUUUAAUUACAUCGGUAAACUGGAAACAAUCGCAGACGACGCAAAGUAUCUUAUUUCUAAAUGGCAGAAAAAGUUCAAAGAUGUAAACAUAGUUUUUGAAGACUUUGAGAAGGAAACAGUCCUCGAUUCUGCUAGGGGACAUUUACGUUUUUUAUAUGAAACGAAGAGAAUAUUAAACGAGAUAAAGUUUCCUUUCUUAAAAUUAAUGCUUAGGACAUGGAGGGACUUGCAAAUUCGGGGGCUUUUAUCCAAAAACAUCGAAUUUCCAUUUAAAAGUACUGACAAAAUUACACGUGAAGACUACAUGAACGCCAUACGGGGAGCAUUAGAAAUCCCAGUGAAUCGUACAGAGGUAAAACUACAGCGUGAAGAAGCUCUUGUACAAGCAUACAGACAGGUACCACUUGAGGAUAUGGAGAGAUUAAGAAAAUACGUGCUUCAAGACUGUUUAUUGUUUGGUUAUGAUAGUCGACCAGCGAAAUUGUUUGACAGAUCCAAGCCAUUGAAAGAUGAAUUCUUAUAUCUGGACGGAUUGCAAAGGAGAUAGAAGUUACUUCAGGAUCGCAGACUCUAGUUCACAACAUGUGUCACUUGAACGUUAUUUAUGUUGGGCGAGUCUCACCAAAGAUUCAUUGCUUACUUAGAGGAAAACAUCCAGGUUGUUUACGGAUGGUACCAAGGGUCUUACUCAAACAUCUCAUCUUAGAAGCCGAAUAGUCUUUUUGACUGAUGACAAAUUCAACGAAUUAACAAAGUCACAGAAAAAAAUCCUUCCUUUAUGGUCAUCUGCACAUCAAACUUGUUUAUCUUUGAAAGUUUGAAGCAAAUCAGGCUAAUUAGUGUGGGAGGAGUUGGAUACACAAAAUUUUGGGACGUACUGACAGCAGCAACGCUAUAUGCCCCCUCUCCCACAUAAAUGCGGAAGCCUUUUUAUGUGGGGCAUAAAAAAUCGGCGUUGAUUAAAAUGCAGUCACAGUUUUUAUACCCUAAAAGUGACCUAUAACUAAGGAGAUCCGCAAUCUAUUUAACAUUCGACUAAUACAGGUAACUGGAAGUAUUGUAGUUUAUAUUGUGUUUUACCGGAAAGGGUACAGGAAAUAAUGCUUUUAAUGGAAUUGCGAUCUUUUUUACCUGCUAUUUCGUACUAAUAAUUGAGUCAAGUGCUUACACCUGCAGGAAAGCGGAUAACAAACGAGUAUUACGACUGGACAGGGGCACAUCUUGAGCUGUAUAUUAUCCUCUAAGAACUGCCUUACUAGUAUUCAAAAUCAUCAUAGCCACACUCAUACAUUAUUGAUCCGACUUCCCUAAAUAACAAUUUGACACGGUGUAUAUGACGCAAUAGUCCAAUUUGUUUAUACUUAUUAAUUUUUAGGUCGACUGUGAGACAAGUUCUACAAUAUACAUGUACUAAUCACUCUCGACAUCUUAUUCCUGAUGUAAGAAGCCAGUUUCUUUGGUAUGACGCGGCCGAGGAUCGAACCCCCCGGCCUCCCGCUCUCGAAGCGGACGCUCUACCACUAGGCUACUGAAGCGAUUUUUAAAUAGUCCAGUGGUACCAUUUUAUGACUACGAAACCUGGGCUCGUUAGUGCGAUCCCAUCUACAAAUAAAUUAGCAAAUAUUCGGAUUAAAGUCCCGUCUAUGGCUG